CGAGCUGUCUGAUUCUCCAAUGAGGGAUAAGCUCUCAUUCAAAGGGGCUUCCAACAGUGGCAAUAGUCAGAGCUUCUCCUCGCCUAUGGACGGCUUUCUCCAUGCGCUGUCAAACCUUCUAGAACAUAUGGUCCUAGUAGCCACAUUAGAGGGCGUUGACUCUCCAGGGACACGUACAAGGUUCCAUGGCAUUAGCCCCCCCUCAAUAUCGAUCUAUCAUUAUCUCCAACGGGUUGAAUCACACUUCAGAUGCUCUUCCGAAUGCUUUGUUAUCGCCCUCAUCUACAUGGAUCGACUCCUCAAGACCCAAGGACCUAACUUUGUUGUUACUAUGUGCGCUAUCCACAGAGUUAUUCUUACUUCGGUCGUAUUGGCAGCGAAGUUCUUCGAUGAUCGCUACUACAGUAACAAGUUCUAUGCUGCCGUUGGCGGUGUUAGGACCAAGGAGCUCAACGCGUUAGAGGCAGAAUUCCUUAGGCUCAUUAACUGGAAUCUUCAUACCCUGCCAGAGGAGUACGAGGCCUACCGAAUGAGCGUUUGGUCAUCAUCGACCUCUGUCGAGUUGGCGUUACCACCGCUAUCGUCAUCGCUCUCUACUCCCCCGGGACUGAUGAUUAGCCUUAUCAAAGCUCCUCGUGCCUCAUCGGUAGCAACUGUGAGCAGUAUCAAUACCAAUACUAAAUCAUCAUCAUCGUCAUCAUCAUCAUCGGAGGUCUUGAGAAGGAUCGAAUCGUGUGUUAACUGGGAGAUGGCUACUGUGACUCCAUCAAGUGUCGUCACCCAGUGAGGGCAUUCGGUUCUCAAGGUUGGACUGUCAACGCUUCUUGCAUGCACAGUUCUCGACCAUUUUACCAACACAGAUGUAGGUUGAGAAUCGUUAUGGGUCAUAUUGAGCGGGCUACGGCUGCUAUCAUCGUUAUCAUCAUUACUAUCUUCGAUUGUCUCUCUUCCGACAAGCCUCUUUGUUCCCCUUAUCCUCUUAUCGUCCUAUCGUACAUGUAUUGAUUCAACCAGCAUGGCAUUAGGAGUCGAUCUGUCUCAUGUGCCCAGAUAGAAGACACCUGUCUAACGAGAAGCUACUAUCUGACCUUGAGGUAAAGCCUUACUGUACAUAGAGUCAACGACCAUGCCCUAUGCUUGUGGUUAUUUGUACAGUUAAGUUUAUUCAGUUUAUCUCAAAUCUGAUUAGAUAUCAUGAAAACAAGAUUACUCAACGUUACUAUAUGGUACGAGAAUCGCUAUCAUGUUGUUCGUUCAUGGAUUAUAUUUAUUCCAUCAUAACGUUAUUGACUAUCGAACUU